AUGCGCCUCCAAGCCUUCUUCCUCCAGCUAAUGCUCGUACUCACACUAAGGGGCCUGCUGAGCUACUCGCAUCAAACGUAUCGUUUUCCUCUCCUUCCUACUGACUUCCCCAUACACCUGCGCGAAAGCAACAACGCCUGCACGGCCUCGAUCGUAAACCGCCUGAAAGAGAAACGCAGAAGGAAUCGUCUCCUCCCCUUGGAUCGCUGUCCUGUUCUACAGCGCACUCUCCCGCUCUCGUUUUUCCCUCUUUUUUUCCUUCCCCCAAACGGGAGUCCUUGUGUCGCCAUGAGCAGCUACAAUAUCCAACCCAUCGUGAAGGGCACCAAGAGGGAUCAUUCUGUGCGCAAGUACAACAGGGCUGCCGGGGCAGGUCCCUUUGGCGCUGUUUCCACCAGCUGCGGUCCCAAGAAGUCUACGCAAACUCAGAGUGCUGCGGCACCGGCCGGAGAAGCGGCUGCUACAAAUGCGGUAGUGACGGGCGUGCGCUUCCCCUACGCUGGGACGAAGCACGGCUACGGUGGUGCGAGCAGCUCGCUGCGCAAAGGUCGCCCGCGCGAUGCGCCGGACGCCGCCUUUUCUGAGAGGGGAUGCGGCAAGAGCGCCCCACCCAAGGCUGGCGCCUUCAAGAAGCGCCUCAUCCCACCAACGGAGUUUCGCCGCUCGUACGACCGCGGCGAUCUGCCCAUCGCGAUCUGCCACGGCAGCCGCCCCACCGUAGACUGGAAGGUGGAGGUGGAGAAGCUAGACUACCAUCACUACCUCCCCAUCUUCUUUGACGGCAUCCGUGAGACGGAGGAGCCGUACAUGUUUCUGGCUCGCCAGGGCUGCCUUGACCUGCUCGAGAGGGGCGGGCCCAAGAUCCUGCCCACCAUCCCGCAGCUGAUCAUCCCCAUCAAGACGGCGUUGAACACGCGCCAUCCGGACAUUAUCUGUGCAACCCUCCGGAUUCUUCAGCAGCUUGUCGUCAGCAACGACCUCAUAGGCGAGGCUCUCGUGCCGUACUAUCGACAGAUCCUGCCGGUGCUGAACCUCUUCAAGAGCAUCCACAAGAGGCGCAGCCGAAGCGACGCCAUGGACUACGGUCAGCGCAACCGCGAUGAUGUGGGUGACUUGGUGAAUGAGACGCUGCAGCUCUUAGAGCAGCACGGUGGUGAGGACGCGUACAUCAACAUCAAGUACAUGGUGCCCACCUAUGAGAGUUGCAUCUACAACAACUGA